AUGUCUCUAUUUUGUUUACACUCUUUAGACAAACGCUUCUUCUCUCUAUUGCGUCUCACCUCAUUUCUCUUAUUCAUUAUUACAUCUUUUCUUCGGUUUUGUGAUCUCUCUCAUUCAAGUUUAAACUCUUUACACAAACUACCGUUUCCCUACUUUCUUCCCUCAUUUAUUGACUCGCUUCCUCUUUCUCCCUCUUACUUUCCCUUUUCUCUGUUUUUAUUUAUUUUUUUUAUCUCUCUUACUCUCUUUUACGCUUUUACACAAACCAUUCUUGUUCUCUUAUAUUCUCAGGUUUCUUUUCUUUCUUUCGUUCCUUUUUACUUUUACACUAGUCUUUCUUCAUUCUUUUUUCCCUCUCUUUUUAUUUCACCUCUUUUCCCUGUAGAUUUCAUUCGUCUCUCGCUCUGUUACGCCCGAAAAAAGAUGAGUCUCUCGUGGGACAAUACUGAAAUUGAUGUUGAUAUUGUAUCCUCUGCUGCUGCUGUUGCUGCUGCUGCUGCACCCUUGAUGACAAUCUUGACUCCGUCCACUGUCGCCUCUAUUUCUCCUGCUGCAACCUUGAUGACAAGCAUGACUACCCCCGCUGCCGACUCUAUUGCUAUUGCUGAAACGUUGAUAAUAAGCUUGACUCCCUCUGUAGCCGCCUUUAUUUAUGCUACUGCAAGCUUGAUGAAAAUCAUGACUCUCUCCAUCGCCGCCGCCAUCGUCACCUCUAUUUCUCCUGCUGAAGCCUCCCUGCCAAAUUUGGCCCUUUUCACAUAUGACCUUUACUGA